UAAUCCCUGCAAAGCCAGAGGGGCAUCCGAGCCAGCCAACCGCGGCUCGCAUCUUCAUGGCGUUUGACCAAUCGACUCGGCGAAGGGGCGGGAGGCAACGUGCUUUCCCUGCUCCCCUCGCAGCAUCCUUCCAACAGCCUCUCUCGUGUCAAAAAAGAAAGGGUGGCAAGAAGAAGAAAAUACAAAAGGAAGGGGGGAGACGGGUCCUCGGAGGCCGUCGGAGGAAGCGAGGGGGACCCCGCGGAGGCUAACGUGGGCGCGGGACUCCCGUCCUGUGGAGAAAAUGGCUGCUUUUCAAUGUAAACAGGCUGUGCGGGACCCGCGUUGCUAAAGGGAGGAGGGGCGGACAUUGAAGGAAAUGUCGCCUCUCUCCCAAUGAGAAACCAAGCAUGUUAUACACUCCGGACGUCUCAAGAUUAUCGUGAUCGAUGAUCCUGUGGCGUGGGGGUGUGUGAAGAGGGAUUUUCCACCUUGAUCUGACAGUCCGGGGCAGACAAUUCUUGUCUUCAAGAUCACAAGGCCAAGGCAUCAUUUGCUCUAGCAUGAAGACAACUACAUCAGCAAUGAGACCUCACACACAAUUGAUAUAAAUCGACCAACAGCACAACCUCCAGUUGAAAUAGCCGACCAUGGCCCUGCCUGAAGGCAAAACAACGGCAAGUUUCCUAUCCGCAACUGCAACCACAGCCGCGCCGCUGGCCUCCUCAAGCACAAUGAGAGACAACGCCACGUCCAGGACGACACUCAUGACUGUUACCGUCCCAGCCAACGACAGCAGCUUCAACACCACCAACACCGCGUUCCCGCAGGCGGUGAUCGAGGGCCCGGGGAUGGGAAUGGUGCUCGUGCCCUUCGGCGUCAUCACCUUCAUCGGCCUAGCGCUGGCUUUGUUGCUGUACGUUCGGAAAAGGAAGCGUUUGGAGAAGCUGAGGCACCAGCUCAUGCCCAUGUACAACUUCGACCCGGCCGAAGAACAAGACGACCUGCUGGAACAGGAACUACUGGAUCACGGCCGGGAUGGCACACUCGCCGGUCCCAAUGCCAAGACUCUCCGAACCUCGCAGGGGACCACCCAGAGACCCAGUCGCCUGGUCUUCACAGAUGUAGCCAAAGCUCUCAAUGCUUAAAGGGAAGCUCUUCCAUCCACGGGUUUCACUUUGUGGACUCCUGUUUUAAUAACAGUAGGUCACUCAGGAGGAAGAAAUGUGGGUGGGGGGUGGGGGGGGGGAGGAGACUUGCUUUUGGUGACGAAAUGGUGCUUCAUCGCCUUGGAUUUGAAAUGGUUUUGUGGGAAAACUGGUGCAUGCAAUGCAACGGAGCAUCACUUUCACAAUCUUUCACAAAUGCGAUCACUUUGUGUAAUUGUUGCUGCAAAAUUUCUGUUCUUUGUACCAUCAUCGUAAUUUGGUUUGUAACACUGGAUGUUAUCCUUCAUUUUUACGGGAACCCUUUUCGUGUCUUCCUCGAUGAGCAAUUAACGACUUGUACUUAUACAUUAAAACUGUUACAAACCCUUUGAACAGUUCUCCAAAAGAGUUGUGCCAUUUUAUUAUUUUCUCCCCCAAAACACACAAAUAUUUUAAGAUUCACAGGAUAUAAUAAUUUGUUUUUUUAAUUAAAGCAGGGCAAGGUCAAUGAACAUAAGAUGAACAUAUGUGCGGAAAUGGUGACAAGGCGUAAAAAAAUGUUUUGACAAGUUGCCGCAUGCGAAUCCAUCGCCACACCAAUACAAUCACAACAUAAUGACACAUGGAUCAGAUCGUAUAAAAAUAACCAAAAAGUUGACCUUUUAUGUAAGGAAAUAAUCAAUACACAGGUUAGCUUCAACAUAGGUACGAAUACUCACAAAUGCCUUUAAUGUAACCACCCUUGUCGUUAAAAUUAUUGCUAUUUAAGUUGGUGGACCAAAUUACAAAGAAAAAUACCCAAAAUAACCAAAAAGUAAUGUUUUCGGAAAGUAUUGACAACAAUAAGUGACUCUAAAGACUGCAAAACCGCAAUGAUUCAACUUUCUGUUAAGCUUUUUACUACGAUUUGUAGCUAACAUUAGCAGCUAACAUGAACACUUUUAGCGAAAGUAAAGUUUGGGUCACAUUCUUAAAGGUGAGGUGAUCCAACACGCUGUUCCCUUGAAAUGACAUCAAAAGUAAAGUUUGCUGCCAACCAAAAGUCACUAUUUAACGGUCUGGCUUUUUUGCUAUGAUUAGCAGCUAACGUUAGCAGCUAAUAGUGUGGUUAAAAUGGCGUUUACGUGCACAACGAUAUGCCCGUCGAAAAUUACGAGUCAUAAGUCGUAAAUAAAUCAAUGAUAAUGGUUUGCCAUCCUAACUAUUGGUUAACAUUUACAAUUGUCAGCACUGACCAUUUUCCAAACAGAUUUGGAGGGAAAAACGUCAACUCGCAACAGGAUAAUCGCUCAAGAUAAGCUUUUAUAGACGCUCAAAUUUGGCCCGAUUAGCAGUAUGUGUACCCCAUUUAACCGUUUAAAAAAAUAUAUAUAUAUAUUAGAGAGACCCCACCCACAAAUGACGAGUUAAAAAACAAUCAGAGGGGUGUACUAAAGAUGACUAACACAACACACUACACACAUAACGAUAUCUCCACCGACAAUCGUGAGUGUCCUCCAAUCAUUGAGACACUGCCGGAAAAUCACACUGGAUAAUCUUUUAGAAACAAUGAACAAUUGACAACCUUUUAUCUGUGUGUGUAUCCUGCUUUAAACGUGAUCUAACUGCUGAGAAAAUACGGUCAAAUGUAGCCUGAAUUUAAAAAGAGGUCACAUAAAAAGAGUCCAAAAAUCACAUGUAUUGUCUACCCGUAAAAUAUACAGUGUAAAAAUCAGAUAUGGUGAAAAAGACGGGUGAGUAUUUAAUAAGAAACCACAUUCUAAGAUAUUUUAUGAAGUUGGUGUAAAAUAUUUUUUUUUUUUUUUGUAUUUGCCUCAUUUUCACAGAACAAAGUCACAUUUCAGUUUUAACAAAUCCAUUUUUUUCCCUUGAGGUAACUGGUUUCCGUGAGGUCAUUGCAUCAAUACUGAUAGGAAAUGCUCAACGCAGCGCACACACACACACACACACACACACACACACACACACACAAACAAAUCCCAAGACCGAAAAACAAGUUCCUGAAUUGUUUUGUACCCGGGCUGAUAUAUUUCAAUGAUGGUUUUAAUAAAAAGCACCGGCGUAAAGUCCUGAGAGUCACAAUACUUGUUGCUUUAUGUAUACAGUGGAUGAAAUGUCUUAUUAUCUUUGUUAAUGGACAAUUUGGUAUCAUUCUUAUUGGAUUUAAACUGGCAAUUUUAAAGAAGAAGAAAAAGUUUUGGGGUGUAAAACUGCUCAUAAUAAAGACUUUGGGGCAUCACGUGUAUAUAUAUAUAUAUAUAUAUAUAUAGUAACAUAGCUAAAAUGUAAAUUCAAGAGACUUAAUCCAAAAAUUAUUCAUACUCUCGACUAUUAUCAUUAUUGGUAUUCUUUUGACUGUAAAUGACACAAGAAACAUUAUUAACCCCCCUGUCAUGUAAAUUGGCGAUGAAACGCGUAUCCAUACUUCGUGCUAAUGAAAUAUUACCCAGUCUAUAUAUUUAAUAAACCACAUUAUGUAUGGGGAGUUGUUUGCAAAUUCAAAAAUCAUAAAAAAAAAAAACACAAUAAAAACAGGAAAAGAACAAAAAUAAUGCCAGGAAGACAUUUCAUCCCAUUUUCUCCCCAACAUUUUAAAAAUUAUUUUGCUAGCUUUUCCUUUAUUUUAAAACAGGUAAAUUGGACCCCUGACAUCACAGUAGUUAUUUUUUUAAAAACAGCUAUUAAUGACAGAAAAUUACAAUUUGUAUUGUUGUUUUUUAUUUAUUUAUUUAUUUUUUUACAUUUUCAAAAACAAGUCAGAACCAAAUUUGAGAAAACAACCUUUUGCACCAUUUCUAAGGCUGCUGCUCACAUAAUAUACAAUAUUUUAACAACUAGAAAAGUGGGUAGGAGUGUAGAGUUGGAAUAAAUGGACGUGAAACUUUUUGAUUGCAAUGUUUUUGAGAGCGUCCGCAUUAAAGCAUUUAAUUAUGCCGGAUGGACUCGUCUAAUGUUUUAUGACAAGUGGUACUUCCAUUCAAUACGUAAUCAUGUGCUUUAACUCCGAAUUUUGGCCUGGAUACGAGUAAUUUUAGGCUGAACUGUACUGUACAUCAGACAAAAAUAAUAUACAGUAAUGGUCCAUUUCAGCACCUCCUCCUUGUACACUGCACUCGUUUAACCCUUGACAAACCGCUUGCAUACAUUGUGACAUUUAAUAGAGCAGUGAUUCCCAACCGCUGCGCCGUGGCACAUCAGUUUCACAUAAUUGUUUGAAUUGUUUUUUUAAAUUUACGACAAAUAUAUUUUUGUUCAUCUAGCUAUGCCAGUGACGUACAAAGACAAGCAGAACAAAUAAAUGCUGUUCAACUAGAAGGCAGAACGUCUAAUAAACCUGUGCAUCCACCUGUUGCUUUGUGUUUAACUAAAGCACAGUCAGUCAAUUUUUGAGUAAAUUGAGAUGAGAUCAUCAUUAUUUUUGUUUACAUUCUACCUUUUGUGACUUUUUUGUUGUUGUUAAAUUGUGUGCCAUGCGAUUCUGGAAUAAAUUACACUACUCAACAAAAGGUUGUGGAUAUUUGUUUUUCAACCAGGAUGCUGUAAGAGGCAAGUCGCCACUGAGCUUAGAGUGUCA